AUGGUUUCUUGUAACUGGGCGACUUCUGCCCUUCUUGCUCUACUAUCUGUAUCCUCUGCCGGAGUUCAUGCUGCUCCUCAGAAUUACCAACCCAAUCCAGACCCCGUCAAUGAGAAGAGACAAAAACUUCAGACUCUUGUCUCAGAUCUUGUCCCGGUGACCCGUGUGCCAGUCACGUUUGUCACGAUAAACACUGCCCGAACACUAGAACCAACUUUCACUCGAGUCCCAACGCUCAAUACUUUCACUCGAGUCCCAACGCUCAAUACUUUCCUCACUCUUGCCACAACUAGAAUCCCAGUUACAUUACAAACACUGCAGACAACUACUAGCUCAACCCUUCCAGUAUAUACGCCUCCAACUACUCCUCCAUAUGGAUAUACUCCACCGGGGACCACAACCACGAGCUCAAGCUCAAGAACAACAACAAGUAGCUCUAGGACUAGCAGUUCUGCCACUCCUACAUAUACGCCAGUUACUGGUGCAAACAAUACUUGCUACAACCGUUUGAAGAUAGAUGUUCUCCAAAGAACGGAUCCAGACCAAUUUAACAUGCUUCUGCUAGCAUGGCAGAAGAUUCAAACCAGCCCUGACUCAGAUCCAUUCAGUCAUUACCAGCUCUCUGGUAUUCAUGGUGCUCCAUUUAUCCCAUGGCAGAUGGGCCCUGGCUCGUACGACUACAGCCAAGGCUACUGUACUCAUGGUAGUGCUUUGUUCACAACUUGGCAUAGACCAUACCUUCUGGCUUUGGAACAGUCCUUGUUCCAUGCUGCCCACGCUAUUGCCAAUCAAUUCGCUCCAGCUGCCGUCCGUACUCAGUACUUGAACGCUGCCGGACGUGUCCGACUUCCAUACUGGGAUUGGUCAGAUCCUGUAACUCAGAGCUAUCUCCCACCUAUUACCAUGCAGCAAACUGUUACGGUUACAAGGCCAGAUGGCUCAGGCAACCCAGUUUCUGCAUCUAUUUCGAACCCAAUCUUCGCUUAUAACUUCCUCUCAUCAUCUUCUAUUUCAGUUUUCGGGGCCCCAUGGAACUCACGUCUCAGCACCCGCAGAUAUCCAGACGGCAGCUGGAACGAUAGGUCGAAUCUGGCUUCGAGUGCUAUGCAAUCCGGCUUUUCCACCCGUGUUACAAACACAUACAAUGCAUUCCUUAGCACAACCUACAAUGUAUUCUCCAAUCGGGUUGAAGGUGUUCACGAUUCCAUCCACGGAGCCGUUGGAGGUGGCGGCCACAUGAGCUACGUCGCAUACUCCGCAUUCGACCCAAUCUUCUGGCUCCACCACUGCAAUGUCGAUCGUUUGAUGGCCAUGUUCCAGGCUACCUCGCCAGGACUCUUCGUCACUCCAGCCUCCGCAGUUGGAACUUUCGCCCGUCCAGUCCCACCAAACACAAUUGACGACGCCAGCACCGACCUUUUCCCCUUCCGCCGCGCUGACGGUUCUUGGUACAAGUCCAGCCAUCUCAACCCUGUUAGCACCAUCUGGGGAAUGAGGUAUGGAUACCCCGAAGUUCCAUGCAGCUACCAAACCCGCACACCGGCCGAACUCGACACCUUUACCACCAACCAAGUCAACACUCUUUACGGUAAUGGACGUACCAUUCCUGGAACUUCUCGCGAAUGGAACGUUCGUCUUCUCAUCGAUCAAGCGGAAAUUCCAGGCGGUUACGAUAUCUACGUUUAUGGUGGUACUCGCCCACAAGACCCAUAUGCCGAUCCAUAUGGCAAGGGAUACGUUGGCAGCUUGAGCUCCAUGAGCAUGGGCUCUGUAGACCAAUACAAGCAGUCUCGUAUUCGAUUCGUUGAUAUUUCGCUUAACUCCUACCUUAAGGAAUAUGGAUACGGUCAAGCUGAUCCAUACAAGAUCACUGAAUACAUUAGGAGGGACCUCACCUACACUAUCAUUGCCAACGGAAAGCCGUGCUAUUUCCAGGAUCUCUACACCGCUAGGUAUGCAGUAUACUCCAGAGACGUCUAUGACAGCGGCAAGAGUGACGUCCUCCCAUACUACACCUCGGAUCCAUACUACCAUACCAAUGUCACUGAGGGUUAUCCUGGCGGCAUUAAGUAUCUUGACGAAAUUCUCUACCCAGUCAAGGUUGACGGAACUCGCGAGGUUCCAUGGGCCGAGAACAACUCUACAAGAAUUCAGACUUAA